AUGGCAACUCCCGCCACCUUGUCGAAUCCUGCGCGAGAAACCCAAGAUCUAGAUGAUAAGGCUGCCGAUGCAUACGAGAAGGGUCACGACGCGGAUGUUGCUUCGGAUCAUGCACACGCAUCCUCAAACCUCGACGUGGAGAAGGGCGUCCAAAGCGCAGCUUUGUCCACCAACAGCGACGACAGAACGUUGGGGGACGACCCAACAGCAGAAGCAGAGCAAGACCCUGAUAUAGUAGAUUGGGAUGGCCCAGAGGAUCCCGAAAAUCCCUUGAACUGGCCGGACCGUCAAAAAUGGAUUUUGAUCUUCAUUUUAGCAAUGGUUACAUUGGUCACGCCCCUCGCGUCCUCGUUUUUCGCUCCUGGUGUCCCUCAAGUUAUGGCGACCUUUGGCGUGAAAUCGAACAUCCUCGCCGGUCUCGUAGUCUCGAUCUACAUUCUCGGCUUCGCCAUUGGCCCCCUCAUCAUUGCUCCCAUGUCCGAGAUGUACGGGCGAUUCAUGACGUACAACGUCUGCAAUGUAUUCUUCGUAAUUUUCACUGUAGCAUGUGCCCUGAGCAACUCCAUGGGUAUGCUCAUAGCCUUCCGAGUGCUUGCAGGAAUGGCGGGUGCAGCACCCCUUACGAUCGGUGGGGGCACAAUUGCAGAUAUCUUCCCAGUUCAUAAAAGAGCGAGCGCCAUGGCUAUCUGGUCCAUGGGCCCUCUCCUCGGGCCCGUGCUCGGUCCUGUUGCCGGCGGCUUCCUAGUCAAAGCGAAAGGCUGGCGCUGGGUGUUCUGGAUCAUCGCCAUCUUCGCCGGCUUCUUCGCCAUCUGCCUCUAUGUCUUUGGCCGCGAGACAUACCACCCCACGCUCCUUGCACGCAAGACCAAGCGACUCCAAAAGGAAACCGGAAAUAUGAGACUCCGCUCCAAACUCGACAGCGGACUGCCCCCACGCGAGAUCUUUGCCCGUAGCAUCGUCCGCCCGAUCAAGAUACUCAUCUUCUCGCCCAUCGUGCUCCUCAUGUCCAUCUACGUUUCCAUCAACUACGGCAUCAUGUACCUCUUCUUCACAACCAUGACCUUCGUCUUCGAGGGAAAAUACCACUUCUCCUCUAGCUCCGUGGGGCUCGCCUACCUAGGCAUGGGCGUUGGGCUAAUCAUCGGUAUGGGCUACGUCGGCAAGAUGAGUGACGUCUACAUCCGCAGGGCGCAAGCCAGCCCGAGCGGCGCAAAGCCCGAGAACCGCCUGGAGCUCCCUCUCACCGUCCCCGGCGCCGUUCUCCUCCCCAUCGGCGUCUUCAUCUACGGCUGGACAACGGACAAGGGCGUGCACUGGAUCGUGCCCAUCAUCGGGACGGCGUUCGUCGGUCUCGGCAAUCUCACAGGUAUGAUGACCAUCCAAACGUACCUGGUCGACGCCUUCACCGUGCACGCGGCGUCUGCAAUCGCCGCCAACACGGUCCUACGCUCCAUCUUCGGCGCGUUCCUGCCCCUUGCCGGCCUCGACAUGUUCGAUGCGCUGGGUCUCGGUUGGGGAAAUUCGCUUCUGGGCUUCGUUGCGCUCGCGCUGAUCCCCGUGCCGCUGUUCUUCCGCUUCCGCGGCGAGAGCAUGCGCACGAAUCCCAAGUUCCGGGUCAAUUUCUAG